AUGCUUUUUGACAGGGUAGUCCGCACUGCCCAUCCUGUACAUACGGAAGAAAGCGAAGUGUGGCAUGCGCGGUCCGGCUUUAUCGGGUCGAAUUUAACGCCCGGUACUGGAUAUGAUGGUAUGUGGCAUUGCGUGGUCCCAGACUGCAUUGAGAAGAGAGUCAAUGAGAGUCCCCGCACCGAGCACCGAGCACCGAUAGCUUUUCAUAGCAGAAGUUGGCGUCCAAUUCAUGGGCGAGAGUUCCCAUCCGCUAGAAGCGAACGGUCAUGGUGGGCCGGUGUCGGUGCAAGGGACGGAGUGGGACUGCUGGCGCCGGAGAUGCAAAUGCACCGUCACGGCUUAAAAGACCACAUCUCAUUGAAGAUCUUGAGACCCCUGUGA